CUGAGGAAUGAAGCAGCUGCAGAGGUCUGACACUGGCGCCCAGGAAACAGUUUGUUCCUGUUCAGUUCUCAGAGAGAAGAGACGCAGCGACAGACAGACGCUUCAGAGACAAAAUGGCUUCCAGAUCAGAGGAGGAUCUCUGCUGUCCGGUCUGUCAGGAGGUCUUCAGAGAUCCUGUUGUUCUGUCAUGUAGCCACAGCUUCUGUAAAGUCUGUCUGAAGAGAUGGUGGAGACAGAAACAAGCACCUGAGUGUCCAGUUUGUAAGAGAAGAUCUUCAAGGUCAGAACCACCUCGUAACCUGGUGUUAAAGAACCUGUGUGAGGCCUUCUUACAGGAGAGAGAUCAGAGAGCUUCAGAGGCUCUCUGCAGUCUGCACUCUGAGAAACUCAAACUCUUCUGUCUGGACCAUCAGCAGCCAGUGUGUGUCGUCUGCAGAGAUUCAGAAAAACACAGCAACCACAGAUUCAGACCCGUCGAUGAAGCUGCACGACAACACAAGAAGGAACUUCAGGAAACUCUGGAGCCCUUAAAGGAGAAGUUAAAGGUUUGUGAACAAGUUAAAGUGAAGUUUGAUCAAACAGCAGAACACAUGAAGGUCCAGGCCCGACACACAGAGAGGCAGAUUAAGGAGCAGUUUAAGAAGCUUCAGCAGUUUCUAGAGGAGGAAGAGGUGACCAGGUUGGCUGCACUAUGGGAGGAAGAGGAGCAGAAGAGUCGGAUGAUGAAGGAGAAGAUGGAGGCUCUGAGCAGAGAGAUAGCAGCUCUUUCAGACACAGUCAGAGCCACAGAGGAGGAGCUGAGAGCUGAAGACGUCUCAUUCCUGCUCAACUACAAGGCUGCAGUGGAAAGAGUCCAGCAGCGCCCCCUGCUGGAUGAUCCACAGCUGCCCUCAGGAGCUCUGAUAGACCAGGCCAAACACCUGGGCAACCUGACCUUCAACAUCUGGAACAAGAUGAAGGACAUGGUCUCCUACAGUCCUCUCAUUCUGGACCCAAACACUGCUUAUCCAAGUCUCAUCCUGUCUGAAGAUCUGACCAGUGUGAGACGAGGAGAGAGACAGCAGCUUCCUGACAAUCCAGAGAGGUUUAAUCUCUGCUCUGUCCUGGGCUCUGAGGGCUUUAACUCAGGGACUCACAGCUGGGAUGUCGAGGUUGGAGACAGUACAGGCUGGUUUCUGGGUGUGUUAGCAGAGUCUGUCCAGAGAAAGGGAGACAACAUAGAGUCUGGAUUAUGGACAAUAAUGUUCUCUGGAGGUAAAUACUCAGCAUGGUCACCACCAGCUCCAUCCACUGUUCUCAGCGUUCAGAAGAAGCUCCAGAGGAUCAGAGUGAAUCUGGACUGGAACAGAGGAAAGCUGUCGUUCUCUGAUCCUGAUACUAACACACACAUACACACCUUCAUACACACUUUCACUGAGAGGCUGUUUCCGUACAUUUACACUGGGGAUGAGCUGAAGCUGUCGUUCUCUGAUCCUGAAACACACACAUACACACCUUCAUACACACCAUACACACCAUACACACCACACACACUUUCACUGAGAGGCUGUUUCCAAUCAUCAACAUGGAGAUGAAGUGAAGCUGUCAGCACUGAAGGUCUGUGUGACAGUGGAACAGAGCAGUUAGAGAUAAAGAGGAUGAUUAUAUUCAUGAUGUUGUUGAUUUCUUAAAGGGAAAAGUCUCUGAAUUUAACCUGUUAAGCUGCACCUGUCCUCCUGCUGUCUCAUUAUUCCAAACAUAAAGAUUUAUAUUAAAUAAUGUAAUAAUAACAACAAUUAUUAUUAUUACCACCAUUAUUUAAUAAUAGAAUGGGGGCAGACUGGGAUUCUUACUGCUGACUCAUUAAUAGUUGGCUAUGAAAGUAUCAGGCAUGUGUGUCUUAUAAUAAUAUUAUCAUAUGAAGCCAUUUUGAUACAAUUACGCUUCACACAACAGCUGUUUGCAACCUGUCUUUCUUUUCUCCAUGAGAGGGAAAAUUUUGAAAAUUUUGCGUGGCGCUGCAGAGAGCCCCCAGCUGCAGUAGUGCGUAAUAUUCAUCCAGCCAGGCGAACGAUCACGAACCGUUCACAGCGCGUCGGCCGUACUAGCGACACAACCCGUAGGUACCGGAGCCGGAGUGGAGCGGACGGUGCCAGGAGAUCGCGGAGCGACCGGCCCGCUGCUGACGCUCGGUGAUCGUUCUCUGGCUGAAUGAAGUCUGACGCUCCUGAAUUUACGCAUGAAUCCGUAAUGAUAGAGAAAUAUAGAAAUUAAUGGCAAUAAAGCAUACUGUCAAUAUUUUAGAGACCCCCCCCAAAAUAUCAGAAAUCAUGCUUUUAGGGGAGCUGAUGUCCUCUCUAGGGAGCUAAGCUCCCCCCGGCUCACUUGUAGUUCGCACACAACGAUAAAACUUCAAUGGAAAAAUACAUCUGAGGGUUCCUGGGAAAGUGAGUUCAGUGACUCACAUGAUACAAUAUCACAAAUCAACAACUUCAUCUUUGUGAGGUCCCAGUGAUCCCAACAACUUGUUGUUUUUUAUUGUUUCUAUUUUCUUUUUCUUGUUAUUUAGUUUGACAAUCAGCUUUUUGUUUCUCCUGUCGGCCUUUUCAUAUGUAAAAUUAUUUCACUGAGUUUCUUUAUGUUUGUUUGGUUUAGCCGUUUCUUUUUUAUCCACACUGUGUCGUUUUAAAUAGUUGUUCAUGUUUUAUUAUUUUGACUUUAGACCAGCAGCCACUUUAUGGAAGCUGAUGAGGAUUAAAUUUAUUACAUGAAUGAAAUCUUUACAAAAUAUAAAACUUUUCAACACUUUGUGUUGAACAGUGGUGGGAACACAAGGGCUCAGAUUAGGGGUGCGAUGAUGCACUCAGCUCACGAGAUGAGACGAUAUUUUAACGUUAUUUUGAAGAUGCUUAAAUAUAUGAGCGUGGCUUCUAGGGGUCUUCCCCCUCCAAAAGUUUUGAGCAUUAAACUCUUCAUUUCCUGAAUUCGGCUGAUGUUUUUUGCACCAAUUUAUGAUGGAAAUGUUUUUACAUUUACUCAUUUGGCAGACGCUUUGAUCGAAAGCGACUUACAUUUGAGAAACAACAUACAAGCAUCAACAAAGAUUCAAGCACGAGAUCUACAACUGACAAUGCAUACUAGUAAGAGUAUUUUUUUUAUUCAUAUAAAGAGAAACACUAAAUUCAGGGAGCAGGUGACAAUUCAAAAUGUAAAACUAACAGAAUAUGAGAGUAUAUGCAGUGCAGUCAUUCUGUCUUGCUUACACAUAUGUUUCUCGCUUUUGUCAUGUUCACAAGGAGAGAACGGAAAUCUUUGCCAAAAGAAACAGAGAAGUAUAUAUAUUUUUUAAGCUUAAGUUCCUUUUAUUAGACAAUGCACUUUUGUUUCUAAUAUAUUUAAAUUGCAUCGCAGGUCGUCAUUUUGCAAAUAAACCUUUUUCAAAGCAUUUUUUAAAUUUAAAAAUGACACAGCUCCAACAUGUCCACCCUACCCGGGUCACCCACUUUUAGUACCAAUCACCUGCACCCUCUUUACAGACAGCAUCUCACAUGUGGAGCCUGAUACUUGAGGCUUUCAACGUUAAAAGAAAAUAAUUGCUUCUAAAGCAUUUAAAAGUCUCUUUUUGUGUUGCAUUGGAUUUAUUUAAAGAGAUUAGAGACAAAACUUGAGUAUUGGGGGGAAAUCUGCUGUUUACUUGGUCCUGCUGUCUGUUUCCUGGAGGCUGAGUGUAAUAUGUGAUGGUAACUGGAUCGAGUUAAUGUUCCUGAUCAUUUGGUGGGUUUUGUGUUUGUUGCAGUUUGCUUUCAUGUACAGCACUGUUAAUGUGGUUCUAUCUUCAUCCCUGCAGACAUGUUGCGACAGUGUGAGGGACGUGUGUGGACACAUUGAUUUGUGGGACAUGUUUGAUAUGUUGAGAGGAAGAGAACUCAGUCCUGCUGAGUUUGUAUCAGAUGUGAGAAAAUGUCGUUAGAAGUUGCUGUUGGUAUUCUGUGAUGUAACAGAGGGAAUAUCAGAAGGUUCUUCUUCUGAAUGAAAGGCUUAAUGUCCAAAUAAAGCUUGGUGUUCAUCUGACUGAUGACCCCUCAGAUUGUUAACUGGCAGUAAAGGCUGCUCUGGAGAAGAUUGACUGAACAAUGUGCUCAGACUUUCUCAUGUGUUUAGGGGAGUUUGGUAAAAAGUGUUUGUGUAUUGAUAACUAGCUGCUUAAUAACACUGAUAAAACUAAAUAUCAACCGAUGGUCCGAGUUUAAUAACAAGGUUAGCCGUUUAAAUUUAAGCUUGUAUACAGUAUACAACUUGUAACAGUUUGCCUUUAUCCUUUAGCAUCUCUGCAGCAUUGGCAUUAACCUCUUGUUGGUUUAUUGUUUGGGCUUGUGUAGUUAAUAAAACUCCUCCUUGUGUGCAAUGACUGUUUUAUGAUGUGAAGACUAUUGGAUCUGAACGCUCGACAUGGGCCUACAAAUGUUGUAGAUUUUUAACUAAAUCUCCAUCUGUCCACUGCAGAGGCUCUGACCACAGCCUGGAGGAGGAACUAGUAUAAAUGACUAUUGGUCUAAUAUACCAUAACAUUAUUUACAGUAGGUUUUAGUCUUCACUGACCCACUGUGCUUGUAAAUC